GUUGCCGACUGAACGUUGUCUGCUAUCGACUGAAAGCUCCCGGCCCCCAGUAGCCGUAAGAGAAGUCUGAUAAGUGUUUUGACAGAUAUGAAAUUUGGUUGGAGAUAUUGCUGAUCAGUGUUUUUCAUGGAAAAUGAUUGAGACGAGCGAUUUCUUCAGCAAAACGGUGCAGCAUCUUGCACGGUCGCUAGCUCACAUUGAAAAUACGCCAUGGGAAAAGGUGUCGAAUCUUUUCAACCUUUGCCCUGCCAGAGGUGCUAGAGGGGAAUACAAGUUGGACCACCGUGGUCAAUCAGCGGUUAUUGCCCUUGGAAUUUAUUACCUGGAGUCCCGUCUCAACUUCCCCAACAGUCCAUUCCCACACAAGAACAAAAUACUGCCCUACUUUUUCGAUUUGAUCAGAAACCUUCCCCUCGCCAGAUGGACAGACAGCCAGUUGCUGUUUCAAAACCGUUGCCUGCCCACUUCGGAAUGCUUCGCUUUCUCCAUGACCACACUGCUGUGCGACGUGGCAGUGCUGGACGAAGAGGCCAGGGCAGAGAUCCUGGAUUUCCAGGUCACCUUCCUGAUUGAAAUCUCGCAGCUGAUUCUCAGCAAGAGGCAGGACUCUGAGAAUCCGCCCAAUGUCGUUUUGUGCAAACGUAUUGUGCCCUUGCUGUUUGGGCAUGCCAGGGCCAUGGGCCGUUUCUCUGCCCCACUUUUCCUGAAGCUCUUCCCCAAAGCGACUCCGCCCGUUCUGGUUCGUACCGAACCUUCGUCGACGAAGAAUCGCAGUUUCUCCAACUUCCGGUCCAUCAUCCCGCAGUCUCUGUCGACCACCAUCUUCGCCAACAUCGACCCGUUCCACUCGAAAGCCAAUGGAAAAGAAGAAGACGACUCCUCGGCCGUCUACUUUCGAGCCUUUGGUUCCAGCUUCGAAGUGCCCAGCCAUGGCCACUCGAUCCAGUUUACCGUGUCCCAUCUGGAGGCCAUUCUCAGGGUGGCCCAGUUGAGUCUGCUGGAGAAGUCGGUGCUCAAGUACCUGGACGGCCUGGCCGGCGAAACGUUCUCGUCGCAAACGGCCAGCAAGUACCCGUACAAGUCGUUCAGCGAAACCCUCAACUUGGUCCUGGUGACGGUCCUCAAGCAGAUCCUGAGCGGCCACGGCCAGUUGCCACUCACCUUCAUGACGGACAUUCAAGAAUUGGUGCGAUCCCUCUUCACUUCGGGACAGACGGAGCUGCAGAGUCGACAUUUCGACCAGCACAAGCAUUUGCUGAUGGAAUCCAAAGCGACCAGCAGUUCCCUCACUAGCGCCACCAGGUAUCGACUGACGGUUCAGGCCAACGCCUCGUGCGUCGAUUUGCUGGUGUGGGCGGCCAUGGAAGAAGUGACGGCCGAGAGCGUCCUCAAUCGCUUGGCGGACAAGAUCCACUCCAAGGACAACAACCACCUCAUCAUGGCCCAUUUGCCGUUGUUGUUGGUCUGCCUCAAAGCCCUGGGCCAGUUGGCCGUCAAGUUCACUCACCUGGCUUCCAACGUCAUCGCCUGUUUGCGGGACUUUCUCGUCAGUCCGUCGCCGAUCCUCCUGCGACUCCACCAUCAGUCGCAGAACCACCAAAAUCCAAAUCUGGAAGACCCACUGGCCCUUUCGGCCCGGGCGGCUUUCGAGCGACUCAGAGAGGCCAGCAUCGAUAAUCUGUGCUUGGCCUUGAAGGCCGGCAUGCAGGUGGACCCUAACUGCGUCCAGGCGUUCCUGGCCAGCGUCUCUAACCGUCUGUUUAUGGCCGAGAAUUCCGACAACGAGAGCGCCCUGAUCGCCAACAACACAGUCAUCACUUUGGGUCACGUGGCCGUCACCCUCAAGGAGACGUCCAGGACGGCCGAGUCGAUUCUCCAGUUUUUCCAGGUGCGCUUCUGUCACCCGCCGUCGCCGCUGGACGUCCUGAUUGUCGACCAGCUGGGCUGCAUGGUGCUGGCCAAGAGCGAAGUUCACAUUUGCGAUGAGAUUAUGCGCAUGUUUACGUCCAUCACGGUCGAAGAUUGCAGCACCGUUUACUCGUCGUCGUCGGCCCAGGGCCAGGGCCAGCCUCAGACCCAGGGUGGUGGUGGUGACAUGCCGGACAAGACUAAAAAUCAAUACCGGCACGUUUCGCAGGCCGUUUUGAAUGCCCUGGCCAACGUGGCCAACGGCAUCCAAGGAGAUAAUGAAACCAACGAGCUACUAGUCCGUCUGCUGGAACUCUUUGUCCAGCUGGGCCUGGAAGGCAAACGAGCGUCGGAACGGUCCGCUUCCCUCAUGAAAGCUUCGAGCAGUGCCGGCAAUUUAGGGGUGCUGAUUCCCAUCAUCGCGGCCGUCAUCCGGCGGAUGCCGACCAUGGCCGGCGCCGGACCCAUCAAGCCUCGCCUGCACAAACUCUUUCGUGAUUUCUGGCUCUACUGCGUCGUGAUGGGCUUCACGCUGCAAGAGUCUGGCCUGUGGCCGGCCGAGUGGUACCGCGGCGUGGUGGAAAUCGCCGUCAAGUCGCCGCUGCUGGUCUCGCAGACGUCACUGCGCUCGGAGCUGCGCGAGCUUCAGUACACAUCCGCUUUGCGCAACGAGAGCAUUUCGGUCAACGAGCUGACGGACCUCAAGACGCAGAUCCUCCACCUGCUGGACAAUCCGGCCGAGGUGGUGCCGCUGGUCAAGAACCUCUCGUUCGCCCAGUCGUGUUACCUCUUUUCCGUCUACAGUCUGGAGACACUGCGGGUCCAGCACGCGGCCGACACGAGUUUCGACGCCAUUUUCGAGUACCUCCAGGAUCCCGUCAUCCAGAAGGACAAAUCCGGAAUGUGGCAGUGUCUGCUGAGCGUUGGCGAGCGCGUCUUUGCCAUUUUCCUCGACGUCCUCUCCUCCAAGCCCAAGGACGGGCGGAGGGAAGUCGAGCUGGAGCGACACGCCCAGUACCUCCUGGUCCUGUUCAAUCACGUCCAGCGGCAGAUCCGCAAAGUGGCCGAUCGAUGCCUCUCGUCGCUGGUCGACCGGUUCCCGCACCUCCUCUGGAAUCAGAACGUUCUCUUCGCCAUGCUGGACAUUCUCGAGGUCCUGUCCGGCUCACUCCACCUGGAUCCUCACCAAGGUCCCAGUCGACUGGCCGUUCCCAAUUCGCCGCAUUCGAUCGUUCUGAUGGACACGCAGGAGGCCCGUGAGGGGAUCGUCAAGGAUUUCUCGGAUCGAUGCCACGCCAUCCUGGCCGAGGCCAUCAAAUGGGCACCGGAAUCGACCCGGGCCCGUCUCCAGGAGUAUUCGCACCGCCGCCAGGGCGGGUCGAGCUCAGGUGUUCCGCGCCAUCACGCCGGAAUGGCUCUGCUCAUCACCGAGUCGCUCCACACGUUCGCCUCGCUCAACUGCCAGUGCUCGCCGCUGGCCAAACAGACCCUGGACAAGCUUCCGUCGUGCGUCAAGUGCGACUCGCCGCGAUUCAUCGCCGUCCUGGGCAAGCGCAACCGCUACUCGGGCCAAGUGGCCGGAAUGUUCAGCUGCCUCCAGUCGGACACGGCCGUCACCAAAGACAAAGUCCAGGAGAAAUUGUCGGCCCAGUUGAUGGAAGACAUGCGCCAGUCGUGCCUGGCCAAAGACGAAAAGGCCCACUGCCGGGCAUUGUGGUGCAUCGCCGCCCUUGUCAUCCGCAUCGACGGCGUCUGCCGGAAUCUACUCCACUCGAUCGCCUGGUCGCAUUUGGAGCUGUUCACCAGCGGGGCCGUCAGCGCAGCCGUCGAGUGUUGGCAAUGGAUCAUAUCCGCACGGCCGGACCUGGAAUUUUGCUUCCUGCAGGAAAUGUCGGCCGCUUGGCAGUACGCCUUUGAAAAGCGGAUGGGAUUGUUUGCCGUCGAGGACGAGGAUGCCGUCGUCAAUCCGCUGGCCGUUCACGAAGGCGCCGAAUUGCUUCCGGCAGCUCCGCUGGUCGAGCCGCACGACCUCUGGAUUCGCUUUCUCAUUGAGCGGAUUGAAAUAGCCAAACACUGCAGUCAGGAUCAGGUCGAAUUGUUUGCCCAAAUGUUUGACGUGACUCUGCCGUUCGACGUGGGCAGCCGCAAGCCGCGGAUGAGUCGACAUCCGGCGGCUGCCGGAACUCGUUACCGUUUGCUGCAGUGCGCCCUGUCUCUGCUGCAGGGCGACAUGCUGGCCCGAUCGCUGUCCAAGAACCUCCUGCGCGAACGGGUCUACCAGACUUGCCUGGACUAUUUCUGCUGCCGGCCGCAGUGCCCCAACAAGAAGCGGAUGCCGGAACUCAGAGAAGACGCUCUGGCCAUGAUCCGCUUUUGGCACACGAUGCACUCGGACAAAAAGUAUCUCAAACAAAGUCUCGUCGGGACGGACCAGAACGACGACACCAUGUCGACUUUCUCGUCCAAUUAUCAACUGACGGCAGGUGGCGGUGGUGGUGGGUCGUUGGCCGGCGACCGGGCCGGUGUCGGCGGAAGCGGCAACAGCAGCACUCUGCAACCGCCGGCCUCUUCCCGCAACAAUUACGACGUCCGCUCCAGCGCCUCGUCGACGGAUUUGACCCGGGGAACGGGCUCGGCCCUGGCCGGCGCCGGCUGGGCCAACACGGUGCCGCUCAACAACGCGACGGCCAUGAGCUCCCUGUCGCGGCGCGUCAACCGGAUGAAACGGGCCAACAAUCCGGACAAUUUCGUCAAGGACUACAUCAAGAAACGCAAUUUGAUCCUCUCUCUGCUGGCCGCCGAGGUGGAAUUCUUCUCCACCUGGUUGAAUCCGCUCUCCCUUCCGGAAUUGCAGUUGCCCGGCGAGGACGUGGUCAAUUCGUGGCGGGCCCAGCAGAUCACGGAACGAGUUUGGAGGGACAAUGUCCGACUGGCUUGGGACAUUAGCCCCGUACUGGCCGUCCGGAUGGCCGCUCGACUCCGAUCCGCCGCCGGAGUGGAACGCGAAAUCCAGCGGCUGGUCCAACUGACGCCCAGCUGUGUCGCCCACAUACCCGAGGCUCUCGACUACCUCGUGACGCCGGACAGCAUCAUCAACGAAUCGCCCGAGCUGACCCACGCCCUUUACUGGUCCAGGGUCCAUCCGGUGAAAGCCCUGGCCUUUUUUUCCCGCCAGUAUCCGCCUCACCCCAUCACGGCUCAAUUGGCCGUUCGAUGCCUCAACUCGUAUCCGCCGGACGCGGUCCUCUUUUACGUUCCGCAACUGGUCCAGGCCGUUCGCUACGACAACAUGGGCUACGUUGUCGAGUUCAUCAAGGUGCUGGCCCAAAAAUCGCAGCUGGCCGCCCACCAGCUCAUCUGGAACAUGCAGACCAACAAGUUCACGGACGAGGAGGGUCACACCAAAGACGACGAUCUCUACGACACCCUGGAAAGUCUCAUCGAAUCCAUCGUGACUGGCCUUUCCGGGCCGGCCAAAAAAUUCUACGAGCGCGAAUUUGACUUUUUCGGCAAGAUCACGGCCGUCUCGGGCGACAUCCGCCCGUUCCCCAAAGGUGCCGAGCGCAAGAAAGCCUGCCUGGAACAAUUGUCCAAGAUCGCCGUCCAGCCCGGCUGCUACUUGCCGUCCAAUCCUGAAGCGCUGGUUAUGGACAUUGACUACAACAGCGGGACGCCCAUGCAGAGCGCAGCCAAGGCCCCGUAUUUGGCCCGCUUCAGAGUCCUCCGCUGCGGAUUGCUGGAACUGGAACACCGCGGUCUCACCAGCGAAGGCGAUCAGAAAUCGGCCGGCCAACAGGAACAAGACAACAGCAAUUUGGUCUGGCAAGCGGCCAUUUUCAAAGUGGGUGAUGACGUCCGCCAAGACAUGCUGGCCCUACAGGUCAUUUCGCUGUUUAAAAACAUUUUCCAGCAAGUGGAUUUGGAUUUGUUUCUCUUCCCUUACCGAGUGGUGGCCACCUCGCCCGGCUGCGGAGUCAUCGAGUGCGUGCCCAAUGCCAAGUCGCGCGACCAGCUCGGCCGGCAGACGGACGUCAACCUCAACGACUAUUUCAUCAACAAGUACGGCGACGAGAUGACGCAAGAGUUCCAGACGGCCAGACGCAAUUUCAUCCGCUCCAUGGCCGCCUACUCGCUGGUCGGCUUCCUCCUGCAGAUCAAGGAUCGACACAACGGCAACAUAAUGAUCGACGGCGACGGCCACAUCAUCCACAUCGAUUUCGGAUUCAUGUUUGAAAGUUCGCCCGGCGGCAAUUUGGGAUUCGAGCCGGACAUCAAAUUGACGGAGGAGAUGGUGAUGAUUAUGGGCGGCAAGAUGGAAGCCCCACCGUUCCGCUAUUUCAUGGAACUGUGCGUGCGGGCUUAUUUGGCCGUCCGGCCGUACCGCGAGGCCAUCGUGUCUCUCGUUUCGUUGAUGCUGGACACCCGACUGCCCUGCUUCCGUGGGCAGACUAUCAAGUUGCUGCAGGCCCGUUUCGUGCCCAUGGCCUCUGACCGAGAGGCGGCCAACCACAUGAUCAACAUUGUCCGCUCGUCGUUCCGCAACAUCCGCACCCGAACCUACGACAUGAUUCAAUACUACCAGAAUCAAAUUCCCUACUAGAUUUUUGGUUUGGAAUGAAAUGUGGCCCGUCUCUCCAUCGCUUUUUGAACUUGUUGCUGUUUUCUUAUUUUCAUUUAGUCGUAUACGUCAUUCAGUUUAUGACUCACUUUAACGGUUGUUGGAUCAGACUAGUCCCGUGUGUUCUUUCUCUCCCCUCCUAAAUGUGCUCGUUCAGAAAUAUAAUAAUAUAUACACGUU